UUUCAGGUGACAUGCACAAAUUCAACACGUGGUGGGAAAUACGGGAGCUUAAAAGCAGGAGGUUCUAUAUCAACACUUAAGCAUAUAUGGACAGAAAGUAAGAAAGAUUUAUCUAUCAGCCGACUCCUUUCACAGACUUUCCAUGGCAAACAAAAUCAAUCAUCUUUGGAUAUGAGAUAUGACACCCCAGAACCGUAUACAGAGCAAGAGCUUUGGGAAUGGCUGAGGAACUCCACUGAUCUGCAGGAACCUCGUUCAAGGGCAAAAAGGCGUCCCAUUGUCAAGACAGGAAAAUUUAAGAAAAUGUUUGGUUGGGGAGAUUUUCACUCAAAUAUCAAAACAGUGAAGCUGAAUUUGUUGAUAACUGGGAAAAUUGUAGAUCAUGGCAAUGGAACCUUUAGUGUGUAUUUUAGGCAUAAUUCUACCGGUCAAGGAAAUGUAUCUGUCAGUUUAGUUCCCCCAACUAAAAUUGUGGAGUUUGACCUGGCUCAACAAUCAGUGAUUGAUGCAAAAGAUUCCAAAUCUUUUAAUUGCCGCAUAGAGUAUGAAAAGGUUGACAAAGCUACCAAGAACACACUUUGCAACUAUGAUCCUUCAAAAACAUGUUAUCAGGAACAGACCCAAAGUCAUGUUUCUUGGUUAUGCUCUAAGCCCUUCAAAGUAAUCUGUAUUUACAUCUCAUUUUAUAGUACAGAUUAUAAACUAGUACAAAAAGUAUGUCCAGAUUACAACUAUCACAGUGAUACACCUUAUUUCCCUUCUGGUUGA